AUGCGACUUGUUUCAAUCUCCUCCGUCCAGAAAUCCAGAAAACGCGACUCCCCCCAUCACAACACGACAUCGCUCAACAGCUCCCCUAUCCGCUACCAGUGGCAGGCCCCAACCAAUUCUCAACUUCGCUACGCCGAUACUUCCACUAAAGUCACCCCUAAGCACAACAAGCCUGUCACCACCUCUUCUCCAGAUCCUGUACCUGGCCCAGGGGGACCGCCUCUAACAAACGACAGCACUCUUCCUGCGGUCAGUCCAGUCGGUCAAGCGGACAACCCAUUUUGGAGCGCUGAGUCUCCCGCCGACGCCAGCAUUGGCAUCGAUACGUUCAAGGAUGAGCAUGGCAGUUCAGUCUACGCACCCCCUGAACUGAGUGGAGCCCCUUGGGAGGGACCAUCGCAUCAGCUGUCGGCUCUGACUGGUGCAGGGAAGCGCACCUGCAGGAAAGCAGUAGCAUUCGCAGAAACUGGAACCAUUGACAACAAGGAGGAGACUGACCGACCGGAACAACUUAUAAAAGUACUGGACGAGAACCUUGCUACCAAGAUUCGGGACAUCAUCACUCAAUCCAACAAAAAAGGACAUCUCAAACUCAGUUAG